GACCAAAACUACCAUAAAACAGGUGAAAUUGUGACAAAAACUCAAAUUGAGCACAAAAAAAAUCAGCCAAAUAGGACUAAAGUUCCUUCCAGACCUCCUCAGAACAUCUAGUUCUUUAUCUCCAGUAACUUUAUCAAUGAUCAGAGUUCUACCUUCAUACUGGGAAUAUUUCCAGAGUUCCAGGUCCUUGAAGUCCAUAGUGGAGAACUUCCUCUGGAGAAAGUUCUAGAGUAGACUUACUGACAACUGUGAUUGCAUGAUUGGUGAUUGGUUGACAGACUGUUACCUGUCCAGGUGAACCUUCACUCAGCUGGGAUAGACUCCGCCCCCCCAUGACCCUAAUGAGGAUAAAGUUGUAUAGAUGAUGGAUGGAACCUAGUCCUGUCAAACAUCAGAUUCUACUGAUGCUAGAAGUUCAGACCAUCCUGCACUACAGACUAACAGACACCACCGCUCCAUAACACAUUAGAUAAUAACGAUGACCUUCUGUCUACCUGCAGGUGACCUCCUGACAUCAUGGAGUCUGAAGGGGCGGAGUCUUCGGGCCUGGCGUCGGUCGAGGUGUUCAGCUCGAUCCGUGAGCGGACGAUAGCAGAGAACAGCAUGGUGGUUCUGCUGCAGGGCCUUCAGGGGGAGGUGACCACGGUGGACCUGAGGAACGAGAGCACGGCUCGGGGACGAGUCGUCAGCGUGGACGCCUUCAUGAACAUCCGUCUGGCCGACGUCCUGUACCAGGACCGGCGGGGUCAGCUGACCCGGCUGCAGGACCUGUUUGUCACCGGCAGGAACGUCCGCUACGUGCACAUCCCCGACCACGUGGACAUCAUGAAGACCAUCCAGAACCAGCUCAGCAAGAUCCACAGAGUCCGAAACUUCGCCAGUGAAGGUGGAGGCAGGAAGGAGUUCCCAAAGAAAACCAAAUAAGGUUUAAUAAAUGGACACAAAGAAAACUAAGUAAGGUUGAAUAAGGUCCUUUCCUCCUAAAUGUCAUGGUUCUAUCUGCUGGACUGAUGAAGUUCUGAAAAAGUCCAUUAAAAAGUGAUAAAUCUGGACCCACCUCUAUGGACUUCAAGAACCUGGAACUGUGGAAAUAUUCCCAGUAUGAAGGUAGAACUCUGAUCAUUGAUAAAGUUACUGGAGAUAAAGAAGUAGAUGUUCUGAGGAGGUCUGGAAGGAACUUUAGUCCUAUUUGGCUGAUUUUUUGUUUUUUGUGCUAAAUUUGAGUUUUUGUCACAAUUUCACCUGUUUUAUGGUAAUUUUGGCUCUUUUUGUGGUGAUUUCAGGUGUUUUUCCUGGCAUAUUAGAAUCUUUCAGGGUAGUUUUGGCUCUUUUUGGGAUGAUUUUCCCGCUUUUGUCAUUAUUUUAGUUUCUGACCUGAAACUCUGAAAAUAUUCCCAGUCUGAAGGUAGAACUCUGAUCAUUAAUAAAGUCACUUUAGAUGAAGAGCCAGAUGUUCUGAGGAGGUCCGUUUGAACCAACUAAUCGACUGACCCUCCAGCAGCUUCACUUAUGGCUGCAAACUUUGAUUUUUUCCACAUUUACAUUAAAAUAUGAGAGAUUUUCAACAUGUUUUCCAAGUUCUGUUCAUUUAAAGGUUUAUACAUCCUAACAGAAACUUCCCUCUGCCCUUAUCCUGCCAGUUUUGAAGGUUCCAGAUGUUCACAGCUGAUCUUUGUGUUGCUUCACUGGAUUUAAAGUGAGCGUACUGCAGCUGACAGUGACUGUUGGUGAGUAACUCACCACAGAACGUUAAUAACGGCCAAACACAGGGAGACAUUAGUCACUGUGGAUGUUAAAAACAACAUCAGCUGCUGGAGGUGACGUCCAGCAGAGGAACCGGCUGAAAGGAAGACAGUGUUUUGGUUGGAAAGUGCCGUCCCAGCGUUCCGCCGAUACACAAACGGGAAUGUGAGGAAUUUGCAGAGGGGAAUGUUUUUCCAGCGUCAGGAAGAGGACAGGCCUGACACAACACAGCAGCAGAGCAGCUGGACGUCACUACAGCAGGAUGUUCAGCCUCGUUGUGUUUUCAGGGACGUAUUUUUCUGACUGCAGCCACAUAAUAAGGGGCUGCUGCUGGAUAGAAACACCAGCCAGCACCACAUCAACACUCACUAAACUCAGAAUAGCACUUUACAACCGCAUAAACAAUCCUUCAGCAACACGACAGAGGACUGGAGAACAACUCAGAGUCUCUGAGAGCUCUGACAAACACAAUCCAAUUAAAAGUCCAGCUUUUAUAGAUGGUUCUGUUUACUCGUCUACUGUCACUGGUUCGUCUACGGAUCAACAUGUCAAAGAAAACAACAAAGAUCUUCAAAAAAGCUGCAUUAUACAUUAAACCAGGGGUGUCAAAUGUGUUUUUUAUGCAUAAAUUUGAGACAUUAGCAACUUAAUAUGGAGCAACUUUAAUUCAUCUACCAUUCAAAAGUUUGGGGUCACUUAGAAAUGUCCUUAUUUUUGAAAGAAAAGCAUUUUUAUCAAUGAAGAUGACAUUAAAUGAAUGAUAAAUCCAGUGUAGACAUUGUUAAUUUGGUAAAUGACUAUUGUAGCUGGAAACAGCUGAUUUUUAAUGGAAUAUCUCCAUAGAGGUACAGAGGAACAUUUCCAGCAACCAUCACUCCUGUGUUCUAAUGCUACAUUGUGUUAGCUAAUGGUGUUGAAAGGCUCAUUGAUGAUUAGAAAACCCUUG